UCUGCCAAAGCGCCAGCUCCCCCCAGAGAGAGAGAGAGAGAGAGAGAGCAAGGGGGAGAGAGAGUGCCGCCGCAGUCGGCCCAGUCAGUGGGAAGGGAAGAGGUUUUCCCGGAUUGCGGCAAGUAGCGCUGGGUGUGGGCGAAUGGAGCCCAAAACAGGGGAGCAUUUGCUGGGGGAGGUCAUAAAAAGGAUGCAGCAGUUCCUCUAAAGUAGAGGGAAGCUAGAUCUACCUCCCCCCUGCUUCCCCGACCCCCGACCCUCCCCCCCACCUCUUGCCAAAAUAACCAUCCACACUUGCUGAUUCUUGUGUUCCACAGUGCUCUCCUGUCCUCCUCUUCUAACACACUCACUCACCCACUCCUGGGUGCACAUUGCGGAUAGGUUCAACUUGCCUCACAGCUUCUGCACUGCGUCACGCAGGAGCUGGGGACCGAUUUGAUCCAUCCCCGCCUGUAGAACCCAAUCUCCCUCUGCCUGCCUGCUUCUUUAUUUUAUUUAUUUUAUUUUCUCUUCUUUCUGUCUGCGUCAGUCACUUCUUGGCUCCCCUCAAAUUUGAAUCUCCUGCGGGGAUUCAGUGUCGGUUGGGGGUAGAGGGUUUUGUUGGAUUCGCCUUCCGGAGUGUGGAGGUCGACGAGCGGGAAUUGAAUCGUCUUUGCGCCAUCAUACUAAGCAGUUGGAUUCUUUCCUAUUUGCUGUUGGGGGUGCAAGGGAGCAUGUUGAGAUAGUCUUCUGCGUGGUGUCUUGGAUGUGACCAGCGGCGGCAGUCGGGUGGGCAGUCUGUGUUCCUGAACAGUUGUAGAGGAAGUUGCGUGGGAGCUGGAGAGACGCCACGAAUGCGCAGGUCGAGAUGGUAAUGGAUCUGCAGGCACGGAUAUUGAUGUAGGCUAUCAGAAAGGUUGCGGGUGGGGCUCUGAUGCGCUCGACUUUGGUGUCGGUGGAAAAGAAGAUAUGGAGUCUGUGCGUGAGUGUCCGUCCUCCGUUCUUCUACUCUUGCUGGCCCUGAGCUUGAUGUUCGCCGUGUCGGCAGAGGAGCUUUUCCUUGGCAAGCCGAACCAGGGAUCUGCAUGGGAACUCCCCUUGCAACAUGCCGCCCCUUGCGAUCACUUCUCUCUGGUAUGUGGAGAAGAGAAAGGGGAUAACUUUAAAAGCAGCGGACUUGAAGCUGAUUUUAACAUCCUUUCAGAAGGUGACCCACCGAUUGAAAAGGAGCCCUUGUGCACGGUUAACUGCUUCAGAGCUGACCCUGUUUGCGGCUCUGAUGGUGUUACAUACUGGUGUGGCGUGGCCGAAGCCAAGUGCGCCAAAGUGGAGGUGGCACACGAUGGCUAUUGUGACAUAUGGAACGGCGGUACCAAGGCAAAUCUGGGAUUGCACGCGGCUCAGUCGUUGCAGCUGGUGCACAUGGUUUGGCUUGUUCUUGCAGGAUUACUCAUAGUGAUUGGAUUGCUAUGACAGAUGGAUUGUAGUCUUAGUGGUCAUUCCUUAAAUGCAACCUCGGAGUCUUUCACAUUUAUGCUAGAAUAGAAAAGCAAAACAGCCAUCGGUUUUAUAAUCUUGACUCGUAUCUGAGGAUUGAUAAUUUGUGGCUUCCAAAACAGAGGAUCCUAACAACCAUGUCGGUAAUAUUCAACUACACAGGAUAUUAGAUUUCCAUUUCCAGUUUGCAAUCUCUUCAAAUGAUCAUGAUUGAGGACUUAUUAUUACCACGUGCACACUGGUGUGGCUUGUGUCUAGUGCAUGAGCCAGCCCCAGUAAAUGCGAGAUUUAGAGAAACUGGGGAUCUUCUUUAUUUGUAAUUAUUCUUAUUCGUAGUGCAGAGUUACUCUUUUCAUUGACGGUAAA